ACCAGCCUCUCUGGCAAUAGGCUAGGAGCUGAGCUCCCUGUAGCAGCAGCGGUGGCGGCAGCGUUGUUCCAGCUUCAACCGCUUCACUCCGCGCUUUCUGCAGCCGCCACUGCAUCCGCGCGGCUGGGGCUUCUCACUGCAGCCACCCGGAGGCUUCAGGCUGGUGCUUCACCUUACAAGAAGAAGGGUGCACGAAGAAGCAUUCCUGACAAGAAAAGGAUUCCCGCGGCAUCAGUUACACGCGCGCGCACACACGCAUACAUACACGCCAGCGCAGAGGGAAUAGUUUUGGGUGGUGGGUUUUUUUCUUCUUCGUUGUUCGGAAGCAAUUUAACCAGGAGAGGAACACUGACCCCUUUUCCCUCCCCCUCGCCAGCCCAGCCUCAAUGAGUGCCAAAGUGCCCAAGGAGCUGAGGCUGGCCUUGCCGCCUUGCCUUCUCAACCGGACCUUUGCUUCCCCCAACGCCAGCGGCAAUCCCAGCCCCAGGGGACCGAGUAGUAGCGCUGGAGGCAGCGGUGGUGGUGGCAGCAGCAGCGGUGGCGGUACCUGCAUCACUCAAGUAGGACAGCAGCUCUUUCAGUCAUUCUCCUCCACGCUGGUGCUGAUCGUUCUGGUAACCCUCAUCUUUUGCUUGAUCGUCCUCUCCCUUUCUACCUUUCACAUCCACAAAAGGAGGAUGAAGAAGCGGAAGAUGCAGAGGGCUCAGGAGGAGUAUGAGCGGGAUCAUUGCAGCAACAGCAGGGGCGGCGGCGGGGGCGGCGGCGGAGGCGGCGGCGGCGGCUGUGGCAGUGGCAGCGCGGGACUGAGGGCCUGUGGCCAGGCUCCUCACAACGGGAAAGAAACCCGACUGGAGAGACCCCCCCGGGACUCAGCCUUCUGCACCUCUUCACCUUCCACCUCCUCCUCCUCUUCCUCCUCCUCCUCUUCUUCCACCUAUUCUUCCUCCACUUCCCCUGGCAUCCAGCGUCCUGGGCCCCGUCCUCCUCCUCCUCCCCCUCCUGCCCCCAGUCCCCAGGGUUCCCACCUCACCGCCUCAUGUUUGGACUCAGCUGGUGAGGGGCUUUUGCAAACGGUAGUACUGUCUUGAUGGCCUAGAGCUCCUCCGCUUUUCCUUCUCCUCUUCCCUCUUUUCCUUCCUCUUUUCCUUCUCUGACCCCAACCCCCUUCCUCCUCCCUCUCUCCUCCUUCUCCUCAGUCUUCCUGCCCCCUCAUCCCUGUCCUCCUCCACCGAGGCACUGUGUGGUGUUUGUAAAUAUUGAGCAAUGAAAGUCUCGGAAGAAGAAAUAACGCUGAUGAUGAUAAUACUUUAUUAAUAUUAAUGAUUAUCACGAUAAUACAAAUAACACAACCCAAGCGCAUGACAAAUCACAUCGCGUUUCUCAUUGUCAAGGAAGGAUGCAUUUUUCUCCCCUUCUCCCCCAGCCCCCGCAAAGGAGGAGAAAUCGCACAAAGCUACCAAAUAUAUAAAAGUCAUUGCCCGGUAAGGAAGGGAGAUUGGAGGUGAAGGAAGAUCAAGAGCCCCGGUGGUAAUGUACAUAGCUUUAAGGUUAAGGUUACCUUCCACUCUCUUCUCCUUCUCCCUGUCCUCCCUACCACUACUCCGUCUAAACUGUCAGUCUUCCUCUACUCCUUUCCCCAUUCCUCGCAUCUCUGCUCCAACCGGGCUCAGUCAAUCGCAUACUAUCAUAAAGCAACCACUUAGACCAAGCACCAGGACUACAAGAGGCAAGAUCCCCCCCCCCCCCCCACCUAUCCCCCAGGGAGAGAGACUGGAGCAAUGCAACCGGGGGCAUUUAUUGAAUACGGUUGGACCCAUGCAAAGAGAGACACAUUCUAAUGGGCAGAGGUGUUGGAGACCCAGAAAAGGAAGCACUCUUUCUGUAACGUCUACGUUUUCCCCACACCACACCACCCCGUUCUAGUUCCCACCCUCUGUUAAUAGUGUUCCCUCUUCAAGGACUGCAUAUUUAUCCAAUUUUAUACAUGUCCUCCGAUGGCAGAGCGUAAGUACAACAAAUAACAUCACACAUGAACUUUCUCUCUCUCUCUCUCUCUCCCUCUCCCUCUCUCUCUUUCCCUCUCUCUCUCUCUCUCUCUCUCUCUCUCUCUCUCUCUCACACACACACACACACACACACACACACACACACACUUAGUAGCUUCCCUUCAAACAACCAUAUUGUAGUUGCCCCUUGCUCUGUUUCCCGUCUCUUAAUUCUUCCACCCUCUAAAUCCUUUGGUGAUCGAUACCCACUUUGGCUGCACUGGGCUUCCCAGAUGUCCUAUUGGUCCAGAGGAGCUGUCCAGCCAGGUCCGGUGCUGAAAUUGCCUCACUGCACAAGUUAAUCUCUGUGCAGGUGGAGAGGCUGUUUUGGGAGGUGACUGUUCUAGCUUUGGUUGGUUCCUUUCUUUCUUUUCCUAUUAUUUUUUAAUAAUCAGAUUCGAGUGUAUUAUUCAUUUAGUUAUAUUAAACAUUGCAUAAGUUAUUCUUUUUUGUAAAAACAAAAUAAUAGAUAACGUGCAGUACUGAAAGUGCAGUAACUAACUACUCAGCCAGAAUAUUUUUGUUUUAUUUUUAGAACAAGUGUACCUUUGUUAUAUCUUCUAUUGGUACUGAAUGCCUACACAAACUAUAAUUCUGUACCAUGCUCUCCAAACUGUAUAUUCUCGUUCUUCAUUUACAGCUAUUGAUAUAAUGGUUGCCACUGAACAUGGAAUUUAGUGGUGCAGACCUGGCUUCUGCUGUUUUCAGAAUUGUUAUUUUGUACCCUACUCUGUAGUAGACUGUUAUGAAAAGAUGACACGUCCGUUUUCUCCUUUCUUUUGCGAACAGAACCAAACAAUGGAUGUGCAUCUUUUGCCAUCUAUUAAAACAUGGUUAAUAUUUAAACA